AUGAUUGCUGUGCGUGUGGAGCAGGAGCGACAAGGAGAGUUAUUAGAAGGCUUAACUGAGAAAGUGGACGAUUGUUUGUCCAAAAUUGGAGUAGAGACCAAGUUGUACGGAAAAAGUUGCGCUGAACCUUCGGUGCUCACCCAGCACAGUGAAAUCAAUGUGAUCGUGGUGCCCGAGUACAGUAAACACCCAUUUGUGGUGGCCUGCGAUCAGCUGAGUCAAGGCGGUGGUUGGACCAUUAUCCUCCGUCGCACAGAUGGUAGUGAGGAUUUCUUCCGAGAUUGGAAUGACUAUAAAAACGGUUUCGGGAAGCUGGAGAAUGAGUUUUUCCUUGGCCUCGAUAAGCUGCACGCCAUAACUUCCUCGGAGACCCAAGAACUAUUGGUUCUACUCGAAGACAAUGAGGGAGGACGGGCAUACCAGAUGUAUGAUAACUUUAGAAUUGGUUCUGAGGAGGAUGGCUUUAAUCUUGCAUCUUUGGGCAACACUUCGGGUAAUGCAGGAGAUGCUAUGGCCACCCAUUUGGGCCAGAAGUUUACCACCAAAGAUCGUGAUAAUGACAAACAUGGCACGGUCAACUGUGCCACAAAUUACAACAGUGCGUGGUGGUACAAUGCCUGUCAUCACAGCAACUUGGCUGGCAAAUACGGCGAUAACACCCAUGGAAAGGGCAUCAACUGGUAUCAGUGGAAGGGGCACACCUACUCGCUGAAACGUGCGCAAAUGAUGAUAAGGCCGAAGAGGCAGUGCCAUUAAAAUAUACUAGAAAAGAU